GUAUAUUUCAAGUAUUUUCCCACCAACGAUGAACGGCCACACGAAAGCAGUGAAAAUCAAAUGAAACGCGAAAUCUAAUAAAUAAAAGUGUUGCAAAUAGCAGUUGUUGGUGCAUUUAAACCCAAAGGAGUGUCCGAAUUUCAAGCCCAUAACCGCCCACAGCUAAUACAGUAUAUAAAAAGCCCCUGACAGACAUUUCCAGCCAUCAAAACACUCGAAAAACGCCAGAGCGGCAAGAAGAAGAGAGUGCGUGGUGCGUAGUUGGUGCGAAAUUGCGUAUUAGGAAAGAAAAUCACAACAACAACCACACCACCAAGGCAGCAAGACGGCUUCGAAAGCCAGUGAAAAACUGCAAACGCAGGCAACAACAAACAUUUAGCACAGAACGAAGAAACAGCCAGCUAAGAUCAAAUAUCGGGCAUUAUCGAACGACAGACAGCAGGUUACAUGGGUCUGACGGAUCAAGACUGGAUCGGCUGUGCGGUGUCAAUAGCCUGCGACGAGGUGCUCGGCGUCUUCCAGGGCCUGAUCAAGCAGAUAUCCGCCGAGGAGAUAACGAUCGUUCGCGCGUUUCGCAAUGGCGUCCCGUUGCGCAAGCAGAACGCCGAGGUGGUGCUCAAGUGCACCGACAUCCGUAGCAUCGAUCUCAUCGAGCCGGUCAAGCAGGACGUUGAUGUGCAGACGGCGGCGGCGCCGGUGAUCAACAAGCCCACGCCGGUCAAGCUGCCCAACUUUUCCAACAUUCUCGGCAAGCAGCAGCAGCUUCAGCUGCAGCAACAGCAGCAGCAGAAGCAACAGUUUCAGGAGCAAGAACACGACCUGGACCAGCCACUGACGCCGCGGAACAAGGCCAACGGACAUGGAAGAGCAACGGCAAGCGGAGGAGGAGGGGCAGGUGGAGCGUCCUCGUCGCGUGGCAACUACAAUUCAACGCUUAGCGACAAAAUGCACCAACUAAAGCUCAUCGAGACGAAUGGCUCCAAUGGCCUUAGAAGAACACCGCAAUCAUCGCGGGCAAACAGUGCCCAACAGCAGCCGCAGCAGAUGUCAACAACUCCAAACAGCGUGGCCGCCUUCUUUGGCAACAUGAUUCCGGCCAAGGUGGAGGUGAAGCUGGGUGCCACUGCUUUCGGUGGCAAUACGCGGGAGAGCUACUGCAGCAGCAGCGGAGACAGCGGCGAGGCAGCUGGUUUAAUCUUAGGCAGCAGCGCAAGCAGCAGCAGACCCAUCGAUAUCGUUAGCAAUGGAGAUGGCUACUACAAGCAGGCAGCCUCCAGCUACGGUAAUGGCAACGGCAACGGCAGACGAAAUGGCAACGUAAACAAUAAUAAUAACAAUGGCAACGGCAACGGCUCUUACACCAAUGCGAAUGGAAAUGGAAAUGGCAACGGAAAGAACAAACGGAACAGGGUGCGAAGGGAGAGUAGCAUGCGACUGGUUCAGCAGACUUUCGGCAGCGAGGCAGACGAUCCCCUUAUCCAGGAGGACUUUGACUUUGAGGGUAAUCUGGCUUUAUUCGACAAGCAAGCGAUUUGGGAUGACAUCGAGUCGACGCACCAAAAGCCAGAUGUUGUGCGUCACACUGUGGCCCAUCAUCGCCAUCAUCAGCAGCCGGAGGAGAAGUACAGGCACGACGAGAACAUCUUGGCCAGCAAGCCGCUGCAGUUGCGACAAAUCGAGAGCAUUUUCGAUGGCAGUACGGACUUUGUGACGGAUGACGGGCUGAUUGUGCCAACGAUUCCGGCCUAUGCCCGGAAUAAGAUUGAGUUGAGUGCCGACAAGGCGGGCCUCUCGCUUCAACGCCAGAUUGAUAUUUUGGCGCGAGGGGCCAGCGACCUGGCCAUCACACUGCUGGGCGGUGCCAGACGUUUGACGCCGGCCAACAAUCAUCAGUGGCCGAAGAUAGCCAUCAUUUGCGAUGGCGUUAAGAACAUGAGAGCAAUCAACAUUGGGGCGGCAACAGGUCGCCAGCUGGCUUCUCAUGGCCUUACCGUCUUGCUGUAUGUGGAGCAGGCCAAGCUGCUAGAGCAGAAUAUCAGCAAUGCUGAAAUAGCCCUGUUUAAGGCCACUGACAAUGUCAUUGUUUACUCGGUGGAUGCCUUGCCUACGCCAGAUCUUGUGAUAUUGUCGACCAACACCGCCAAUCUAUCGGAAGCGGUCAAGAAAUGGCUUAGUGUUAAUCGCGCUUCAGUGCUUGCCGUAGAUCCCCCACCCUGUGGCAUCAACGAUGUGGCCAUCAAGUACUCUAUUUUGCCCAUAUUACCAUUAAAUGGCAUAUCAACAGCAACAGCAUCAUCAUCCUCGUCGGCGGCUGCUACACCCACGCCCAUUGCCAGCACAUCAUCGGCAGCAGCAGCAGCAGCGGCAGCAAACAAAUCAACAGCAGCAUCAACGAACAAUUGUGGCAAAUUGUAUUUAUGUAAUUUAGGUAUACCGGAUAAAUUCUAUCGUGAUUGUGGCAUUAAGUACAAAAGUCCAUAUGGACAUAAAUAUGUGAUACCGAUUCACUCAAAGGACUGAAACAACGACAACAACAGCAACAACAACAACAACAUAAACACCAACAUACACCAACAUUUUCAACAACAGCAAUCAAAACAGAGAGAGAAAACCAAGAAAAACAAACAUCAACAGCCAGAAUAAGUGAAUACCAAUAACAAACACACAACCCGCACACUUGUGAUGAUCAUCAAGUCCAGUUUCCUGUGAAUCUAGCUCUUAGUAGUAUCUUCUUCUCAUCAUAUAUAUUACACUCAACACCCGACAUUUUGUUUUGCUAGUUACUAGCUAGACCCUAAUAUAGAGUAUGCCUGCCUAGUUAUCGUAUCUAUACUUUUUUCGGAAUUAUUUAAAAGCUGCCAACCUACUAUUAGUUUUCCUAAGAUUAGUCCUUUAAAUUUUUUAAAAACAAUUAUUAAAGAUAUCUUUUAUGGCGCUAGUCCCAGCAUUUAUAUAAGUUUCAAAAGCUUUAGUUUAGAUGAAAAUUGUUCAAAAACAUUCAAACCCAAUCAUUUGAUUUGUACACCCUCCCUUUUAGUGUCCUUCCCGCAAGUGGUCUUCAUAAUCAUAAUCAAGUAAAGAUAUCAGGCGACUAUAAAUUGUUGUGUACAUACACCUGUAAUAUUCUAUGGGGAGGAAGCUAAGGGUCAUGUUAAUUAUUAUCAAGAAGUAUGCGCAAUAAAUGCCAAAUUCAAUGUCUAAUUUUAAGCCUUAAAAUCAACCGCAAAAGCAACUAUUGUACGAUAUAAACACAAAGUAAAACAAAAACGGAAUACAAAUCCAAGUAUAAAUCAAAUCAGUUACUUAAGCUAAGUUAGUUGUGUAAGCUUCAAGUGUUUAAGGAACCCUAACAACCAUCGGAUAUAGCGAGUUAAAGAGGAAAACACUUUCUAUCAAGUAGAGUUAUUUAAGAUGUGUCUUUAAGCGAGAAACUAAAAGUCGACAGCAUAAUUUUUUACCCAUCGAAUACUAAAAAAAAGAAAGAAAAGUAAACCACAACACAAAGCGUAUAUAUACUCUAAAUCUAAAUCUAAACUUUAGUAGAACGAUGAAUUUUAUAUAAGAUUAAAUCCAAUCAAAUAGUGCAAAAUUUUAGCAGGUUGCGCGAGACUCAGCAAGGCGACAACCAAAAAAACAACCCAAAAUUAAACCAAUUUGUUGUAAACAUCAUAAUUAUAAUUGUAAUUGUAAAUUGUAACGAUACCAACCAACCGGCAACACACAAGUAGACUCUAAAUUCCAAUCAUGAUGAUCAUCUGCAAACUCAAUUUCCAAACAAGCAAAAAGAAAAACGAAAAACCAUCAAAUUAUAUUGUAACAGAGAGAGAGUUGAAUGCGGACCAACUGCAGGUCCCGCAGUGACUGUUUUGAGUUAGGCGUAGGAGGAGGAGAAGAAGAAGGGUUAACCAGACCCCAAAUGGAUGUUAGUGGAGAGCGGAUGAGAAGGUUUUCCAAAAUACCACAACACACCAACAACGAGACACAGUUUCCACAACCACCAAACAACAACAACAACAGAACAAAACACGAAACACAAACAUCCAGAGAUUUUGUGAACGCUUUAAAAUUGUGGAAAUACAUAAUAUAUUGAUCUAUUUUCGGGCCAAUUGAAAUUGUUAAACAAAAGAAUGAAAACUUAAUUUUAAAAUUUAUACAAAAAAGACAAACAAAUUGUACAGAAAAAUUCUCUUUUGGAACAAAAAUGUGUAAACUCAAAAUUAAGCAGAAAAAAAAGCGGAAAAAGAAAACACAAAAAGAAAGUCCUUUCCAAAACGAAA